GUUGAUUGGUUAACGCUCUAAAACCAGGAAGUCGGAGAGAUUGUAAACAAACCAGCCGCUUGUUUGCUACUGGUGAAAUAUUACCGUUAAAUUUUAUUUCAGAUAAAAUUAUGAGCAGCCCUCCUUUGUCUUCAGCUUUAACGCAGACUGUCGGCUUGUUGGAGUGCGCAGCGGAGCAGCUGAUGGUCCACAGAGAGUUCCAGAACACUUUUAACACGUGUAACAAAGGCCUGCAGAGCCUGUGCGCCGUGGGGCAGGACAGCAGGUAUGGAGAGCUUAAAGCAAGCUUCUGCAUCUUAGGAAUUCAAGCGCUGGCUGAAAUGAAUUGGUGGCGCGACGUCUUGUCUUGGGUACUGCAGCAUUACGAGCACCAGGAGAAAAUACCUGCAAAAAUAAUGCAGAUGUGCAUACUUCUUUACUCCAAAGUGGGUGAACAAGCCGCGAUGCUGGAGUCAGGCAGAGUCUGGCUGAGCUGCACCUGCAACAGACGAGUCUCGGGCUUCCGCACAGUCACCGAGCUGCACCUGCUGCAUGUUCUUAUGCCGCUUGGACACAUGGAGGAGGCACGAGAGUUAAUCACUGGUGACAUUGGGAGCUUUGCAUUUACAGAAACCCAGAGGCAGACAGCGCUGGAUAUUUUAGAAAAUUUCCAGAAUCAGUGCCCGCCUUUAAGUCCUAGUUGCAGCACGCCUGCAGAGUCGAAGGCACAUCUUCCCUCACCUGGAGGUGCUGUAAUCCAGAAACUUGAAGCCGUGCUGAGGUUUUGCUGCAGAAAACUGACAGCGAUCCGCACCAGCUCGUUUCCUCUUCGGAGAAUCUUCCUUGCCAUCAUACUUCUCUACGUGCUUUUUGUUCGAAUGGAUCCAGCUCUCCCACCUUCAUAUAUGUGGAUUUCUAAACUUCAUCAACUCCUGAAGCAGAUGUGGAAUGAUGUGUUUGCACCCAAUUAAAAGGAGGCCACUCAGAGGAAAUUACUCUAAAACUGA